AUGUACUCUGCAGGUUUGGAGAUCCUUGGGAUGAUCCUGGCUGUGGCCGGCUGGCUGGGGGUGAUGGUGGCUUGUGGCCUGCCUAUGUGGCGGGUGGCUGCCUACAUCGGUCAGAACAUUGUCAUCUCUCAAGUGAUCUGGGAAGGCUUGUGGAUGAAUUGCUCGGUGCAGAGUACGGGCCAGAUGCACUGCAAGGUGCACGACUCCAUGCUGGGGCUGCCAGUGGACCUACAGGCGGCUCGUGCCUUAGUUAUCGUGUCCAUGGUGCUCUGCAUUAUGGGGAUCGGUCUGUCAGUGGCUGGUGCCAAGUGCACUAACUGUAGCCGGGAUGUGAGCAGUAAACCUCGACUCGUGGUGGCCGCUGGAGUAAUCUUCAUGGUUGCUGGACUGCUGCUAUUGGUGGCUGUUUCAUGGACAGCCCACGCCAUCGUCCUGGGCUUCUAUGACCCAAUGCUGGAGGAGACGGGUAAAAGGGAGUUUGGUAACGCUCUGUACUUUGGCUGGGCUGCCUCCUGCCUGCUCAUCCUAGGAGGUGCACUGCUCUGUUGCUCCUGCCCUCCCAGAACAGCCACAGCACAAAGCGGCGGUGGCUCUGCGCCUCCCCGAGUGGACUAUUCAGCUCUCAAGACCAUGUCAGUCAACGGCUACACAAGAAGAGACUAUCCUGAGAUACAGGCCUUCUGUUUACUCUCCCCUCACCCAAACAAGUGGGAGAGCUACUGGAGUGUCGAAAACAUGCCUUCAGUGGGACUGGAGAUACUUGGAGUGACUCUGGCUAUCCUCGGAUGGAUCUCAGCCAUUACAUCUUGCAUCUUGCCCAUGUGGAAGGUGUCAGCUUUCAUCGGGACAAACAUUGUCACGGCUCAGAUCACAUGGGAGGGCAUCUGGAUGAGUUGCGUCGUCCAGAGCACAGGUCAGAUGCAGUGUAAAAUCUACGACUCCAUGUUGGCCCUAAGUGGCGAUCUUCAGGCCGCCCGCGCCCUCACUAUUAUCUCCAUCGUUGUGGGCUUUGUGGGACUCCUGGUUGCCAUGAUGGGAGCGAAAUGCACCAACUGUGUGGAGGAAGAGGCAGCAAAAGCUCGGGUGAUGAUAGCUGCCGGGGUGGCCUUCAUCAUGUCUUCUGUGACCCAGCUGAUCCCCGUGUCAUGGUCAGCCCAUACCAUCAUUUCGCAUUUCUAUAAUCCAACUAUAAUGGAUUCAAUGAAGGGAGAUAUAGGUGCGGCUCUCUACUUGGGCUGGGCUGCAGCCGCAUUCCUGCUCAUUGGAGGGAUCAUCCUCUGCUGCAGUUGCCCCCCGCAACACGAGAAACGGUACGGGCCUCCUCCACAGGUGGUCUACUCCCAAACCAGAUCGAUGGCCCCGAGUAGCUUUGACAGGCGAAACUAUGUCUGAACUUACACCUGCUGUUUUCUCACACUUUUCCGUCAUGUGAGCGACUGCUCAAAGUGAACUGGAGAGUACAGUCAUUCUUUAAUGACUCAUCCACACACUAGGAAGUGUGCUGGGAUGAAAACUUAAAUUCAGAACAACAUAUGUGCCUUUUGUGUACAUGAAAAGUGUACAUGAAACUUUGUCUGCAUUUAUCAAUUUUUUUGUGUGUAACUUUGUGACUGUUGGCUGAGGCUCACAACUAUAUGAUGAUGAUGUGUCUUGUAUUUUGUACUGUAUCGACAUAACUGUGUAGUUUGUGAAUUGAAUUUAGAGAAUAGUUAAAUCUGUGCAUGUACUUAUCUUUAAUGUACUGGCUUUUUGCAUGUAUUGUAAGGAACCUGAUUAAGGUGAUUGACAUCUGUCAUGUAAAUCCACAUGAAGCGGAUUAUGGUUGUUUUUUUGUUUGUUUGUUUGUUUGUUUCCAUACUUCUGAUUCAGCUUAUCUGAAAUGCUUUUAUGUUUGCUACUUUUUUAAUUAAAGGCCUUU